ACGAUCAAAGUCAUCCAAACAAGCGCGAGGAAGUCUGUUUGCGCCGUUCAACCCGCCCCAAUUACCUUAAAAUACCUCAUUCCGAGCAGCAUGGACUCAGUAUCAGAAUACAAAUUCCAGGCUCUUGACAUGGAAACCCAAAAUAUGCUCAAAGAAGCGCUGAAUGAUCCCAAGAGGGUUGAUUUGGAAAAGCUGUCCAACACAAUUGUAAACCAGUCAUUGAAGGACAUCACAUUCUGUAAAGAUGCUGGCCGCAUUUGUUAUGCAUUAGUUCAGGCAGAGACUCAGAAAGCUGCAACAAGUGUAUUCAGGCGAAACCUAUUGACACGUCUACAGCAGGAGUUCACUGCCAGAGAGGAGACACGGAACCACUCAUUGCAGGAGUGGGUCUGCCUGGUCACCUUUAUCUGCAACAUUUUUUAUUAUAUCAAGGUGAACAGUGCUCCUAUUGUGGCCCUUGUUGAUCCAGUGUAUGACUGCCUCUUUAGGUUGGCUGAGCCAGACUCCUUAAUGAAUGAGGAAGAGGUGGACUGCCUGGUCUUACAGCUCCAUCGUGUGGGUGAACAGCUGGAGCAAAAGAACUCCCGGCGCAUGGAUCAGCUGUUUUACUCGCUGAGGGACGGUUUUCUCCUUCAGGAAGGGAUCAGCUCUAUGACCAGGCUCUUGCUCCUAGAGAUCCUGGAGUUCAGGGCCAGUGGCUGGACGCACACUGACACUGCGCAACAGUAUUACUACAGUGAAGUAGCAGAUUGAAGUGACCGGAGAGAGAAUUUGGUCUUUUAGAUGUUAAGACCUUGCCAGGGUAAAUUGAGAAAUUCAGCGUUCAAAGAAGGUCUGGUGACUUUUACAUGGAAGAAAAAAGAGGAAACCCCAUGUAAUAUUACUGUGAAUCAAUAUGGCAGAGCUCACGGGUGAUGCAUUUAUUCAGAGUUUGGGGUCAGCCCAGAUUGUUUACGUGUUCAGAUUUGGUUAUGUUCUCUUUUUACAGUCAGCAUCUUGGCAUGGUGAAGGUGCACAGGAUGCCAGUUCAAUAAUUUAAUGCUAUAACCAAAGGCAAUCGCCACCUGCCACAAAACUGUAAGCCAUCAGCAGUGUUCUUGGCAGUUGCCUUUCUAAUUUGCCCCCUUUUUUAGUUACCCUUAAAGGUGACACAAUGAACACUACUAGAUUUUUACAGUGAAGGGUUUUUGUAACCUCAUUGAAAGAUUGUGUGACCUUUAUCAGUGUUGUUAAUACAAUGGGGUACAUUGUAAAACUUUCUUAAUUUUAUAGUAAUUUAUAAUGGGCUACAUUGUUAAAGUUUCUGCAUUAAGUUUUGUGUAUGGGCAAAUGUGAAAAAUCUCAUGGCUUUAACAUGAAA